AUGAGCCCUUACAACUCUCCUACGCACACUCCUCCAGACUGGGACCCAGGUACCGCUGAUGAUGAAGAUUAUCUGGUGGAAAGCGAGCCCUUUGAAAUUGUAGAAGCUCCUUCAGACCGAGGUGACUCAUAUUCCAUCUGUUUUGCUUCUGAUCGUAUUUUCUUCCUUUCAUACUGCAUUGAAUCCGUCUCCGAUGGCGAGGGGGAGAUGCAGGAAACUGCUCCGAUCACAGAUAACUCUAAGUUAGUGUUGAAAAAACACAAGGAUAGCGUCUUCUGUGUGGAUGUCCACCCCAACGGCAGAAUUCUUGCCACUGGAUCUCAGGACCACACUGCAGUUGUUUGGGAUCUUACAACAGCUAGCGACCUUUUCACCUGUACAGGUCACGAGGAUUCAGUCAUAUGCGUCAAUUUCAGUCCUGGCAAUGGUCAGUAUCUCGCAACCGGCGAUAUGGCAGGAAGCGUUCAAAUCUGGCGUCUGGGAUCAUCAGCUUCUUCCCCAUUUACGUCCAACGGCGUCGCUGUUACUCCACAUCGGAGCCUCUCGUUGAGCGAAUUGAUUUGGCUCCGUUGGUGGCAACUUCCGACAUCUACGGCUGGAAAACGUCAUGCUCCUUUGGUUCUAUUUACUGGUUCUGAAGAUGGUCUCGUCUCGGCCUCUCUUGUCACCACAGCCAGUGGGGGUGAUGAACGACCUCCCAAGUACCUCAUGGGUUCCGGUUCUGCGGUCGUGGGUGCGGCUGUAGUGCCCUCGACCUAUGCUACAGAGCGGCCUUUCCUGGCUGUGGUCGGUCGUGAUGGUGAUUUCCGUGUCUGGGACCUCAAAUCCGAAAUGGUGCUUCUUCACGCUAUCAUCCAAACACCAUCUUCCUCUUCAAGACGUCAACAGGAUGACGAGAAUGGAGAGGAUGUCGAAAUGGAGGAUGAAGAAAGGAAUGAAUCAACCUCAGGUUAUCUCUGUAUGGCUGCUCCUCAACCCAAUACUCCCCCCACCUCGAACAUUGUCGACAUUGUUGCGGUGGCGGGCUACGAGACGAUUGUCUUUGUGCCUUGUCGACCGCCACCAUCGGAGGAAGUCGAAAAUGGACCGAAGAAGAUUCCUACGAAUGCGUUGACGAGUGUCGCGCUGGAAGGUGCAGGAACGGUUGAGGCCAUGCAGUUCUGCACAGCACAUCCUUUCCUGGCAUUUGGGACUGUAGCUGGACAAGUGGGCGUCUUUGAUACGAGUUGCAUGCGAAUGCGGCAAUUGUGGACCUAUUCGGAUCCCACUACUGGGACAGACGAAGGUUUCGGCAUCACUGCGCUGAGGUGGAGUCGUGCCAAUCCCCUCACCUUCUUCACAGCCACUCUGGCCGCCACCGUGGUUGGUUGGAGUGCCGCUGGUGGGGGCACGCCACUGGUUGUUUGGCGUGGUCACUCAGAGGCCGUCCUUGAUAUCGCAUUGAGUGUACCAAUGGGAGAGCCGCCUCGUGAAGAGUUCAUUGCUUCGGCCUCUGACGAUACGACUGUGCGAAUUUAUGAUAUGGCAGAGGUCGCUAACCUUCCACAGUGA